GUACAAAUAUGUCUGCUUCAGAUCAGCUGGAUUUGGCGUUGGCGUGGAACCGGCUGGAUAUCGCCAAGAAGCACAUAUUGGUUUAUGGACAGCACUGGAAGGUUGGUGCCUUGGAACAGGCAAUGCUGGAUGCGUUAGUGAUGGACCGUGUGGAUUUUGUGAAGCUGUUAAUAGAGCAUGGAGUGAACAUGCACCGUUUCCUUACUAUAUCUCGUUUGGAAGAACUGUACAAUACAAAACAAGGACCAUCAAAUCUACUUUUGCAUCACCUGGUUCGAGAUGUGAAACAGAAUACCCUUUCCUUGGAUUACAAGAUAUCACUGAUUGAUAUUGGACUGGUGAUAGAGUACCUUCUUGGUGGAGCUUAUCGGAGCAGCUACACAAGGAAGCAUUUCCGAAUUCUCUACAAUGAUCUCUACAGAAAACACAAGAGAGUGCUUUCCAGCUUUCCACAGAGCCUGUCUCAUUCUCUUCAUCAGAGUAAUCAGGCGGGUAGCAAAAUGGGAUCGGCUGAAAGUACUUUGCAUUCUCAGUUCUUCAGAACAGCACAGCCUUACAAAUGCAAGGUAAUAUAA